UGAUAGGUGUGAUAGCGGUGGUUCUGGGAAGCCUUGUUCAAGCACAGAUGUGUGAUGAGGGAAGUCAGAGGUUGAAGAGAAGGGAUUUGAGUGGUGUGCCAGUGGAUUGAUUUAGUAAGCCGGUCUGAAGUGUGUGAAAUAGUGAGACAUCUUGUUAUUGGAUAGACAAUGGAUGAACUGAUCUUGAUUCAGAUAUCUUCUUGUCGGAGUAUUACGAUGAAUCUCAAGCUGAAGACAAUUGAGCAGAGUAUUCCACUUCAACAAUUGAUCUUUCCAAAGUGUUAGGGGAAACUAUUGAGCUAAAACACAACACUGUCAAAGAUAUUAGAAAUGUUAUGUGUCAAUGGACUAUAAAGACAGACAAAUCCAAGAGCAUAGAAAUUACAAUUUCCAGAAACGAUCAAACAUAUGAAGAAAUCGGUCUGAACUACACUCUGAGAGGAACUCUAACUUCGGUGGACAACAAAGAUUUGACUUCUUGUGGAGAAAGCACUUAUUCUCUCAAAUUCGACAACAAUAUAAGCGAGAUUGUCGUCAGGACCAGAACGAGAAGAAAUCGGAACGAUUACGACAUCUUGAUCGCACAGGAAGGCAAAGACCUGGGGACUCCGAACGUGCUCACCAACAACAAGAAGUUGGUGGAAAUCAUUGCUGUCAUUGUGAUCGCUAUUUUUGUGAUUAUCAUUGUUGUCUUGGUUAUAUUUGCUCUUUGUAAAAGAACAACAACUGAAGAAAGUAAAAGAGGAAAUUUUGAUCUAAAACUAUCAUCCAAUAAAGGAAAGAAGAAAGUCUUUAAAUAUUCAAAUAAAUUAGCAGAAGAAAAGGAAACAUAUAAUGAAGAAACAAUGGAUUGAAUGCUUUCAGGAAAAUAUGAAAAUAUGCCUCGCAUCUAUCAAACUUCCAAGUGUUUAAUAUGCCUCUCAAAGUUCUGACCUGAAGAUAUGUGUCAUUUAACAAAUGAAUGCGGCCAUUUAUUUCAUUCUCAUUGACUCAAAAGAUGGUACAAAAUGGUGUCUCAUUUGAGUGAUUUGGUAUGUCCAAAGUGACAGACCCCCACAAAUCCAACAUUAGAUCAAUAUCCCGAAAACAACGAUCCUUCUAGUAACAAAGGACUUGAAAAUUUCAACAGCAGGAGUCAAUUUGAAGCAGACGAUGAAGAGCAUUAACACUAAAAUACAAAUCUG